CAGGAGCUGCACCGGGGGUCAACGAGAGGCAGAGACACACGUCAGACUGACACGAGGACACCACUUUGGGUUUGACUCUUCAACCCUGUGCUGUCACGACGAGGCCGACAACCCAUGAAUAACACUGGUGAAUCAUCUGUUCCUCGUGGGUCAAAAGUCACCUGAGCUGGAUCCGACUGCCCCUGAGCGGCUGUCACCUUCACGAUUCUCCGCAAUGACAGCGAGAAACAUAUCCCGCUUCUGGGAGUGGGGCAGGAAGAUCAUCUGCGUGGGGAGGAACUACGCGGAUCACGCCAAAGAGCUGAAAAACGCGAUCCCCACGGAGCCCAUCCUGUUCCUGAAGCCGCCGUCGGCAUAUGUCACGGAGGGCUCCCCGAUCCUGGUGCCCCGGUACUCCAGCAACCUGCACCAUGAGGUGGAGCUGGGGGUAGUGAUCGGGAAGGGGGGCACAGCCAUCCCUGAGUCCGCCGCCAUGGAGCACGUCGCCGGCUACGCGCUGUGCUUGGACAUGACUGCCCGGGACAUCCAGGACGUGUGCAAGUCCAAGGGUCUGCCCUGGACCCUGGCCAAAGCCUUCAACACCUCCUGCCCCGUCAGCGAGUUCAUCCCCAAGGAGCGCAUCCCCGACCCGGGCAACGUCAAGCUGUGGCUGAAGGUGAACGAGCAGCUGCGGCAGAACGGCUGCACGUCCCAGAUGAUCUUCUCCAUCCCUUUCCUCAUCAGCUACAUCAGCGACUUCAUCACCCUGGAGGAGGGGGACCUCAUCCUCACCGGGACCCCCAAGGGAGUGUCCGCCGUGCAGGAGCAUGACGUGCUGCAGGCCGGGAUCGAGGACGUGGUCACCAUGAGCUUCAGAGUGGACAGACGGGAGCAGUAGUGGCAGCUAUCAAGAGGAUCUAAUCAGACUGAUUAGACAGAAAACUGUGAUUUCACUGCAAACAUGAACCUCAAUUAUUUUUACAUAUCUGUUCAGUGUCCGUGUGUAUCAGCAGGGGGCAGUGCAGUGACACACAAGAGACCACAUCUCUGAUAGACCCACAAGGUCCAUGGAUACACAUCAUGCUGCCAUGUUCAGAGAUGGAACGGAUAAUCUCAGGAACAUCUGGGCACUUGAUGAUGAUGAUGAUCUGUUUCACUGUGGUGUUCUGUGUUAUCUUUUACUUACACCUAAAAGAAAAUUGUUCAUCAAACACCAUCUUUGUCUUAUAUCUCAAGUAUAGUAGAAAUUGUACUCAAAUAAAAGAUGCAAUCAUAUUUAGAUAAAUAAUGUUCUUGGAAAUAAAGGGUAGACAUACGUUUGUCUGCAAAGAAAAACCCC